CUCAAGUUAGUGCGAAACUUAUAAAAUGUCUAUUAUUAUAAACCAAUAUACCAAAAUAGAUUGACAGAUAAAAAUUAAAUACGCAUAUUAAUAAAUUUCCAGUAUGUCUGACUCAUUAACAAUAUUGAUAGUGAUUCCCCUUGGGUUUUGUGGGUUCGGAAAAUAGUGGUAAUGUGAUCUUAAAUGACUUUAAUUGAAGUGAAAUUGUACAACCGUGAAGAUGUAUAACAAAGUAGUUCUUUUAUGUUAUUUGGUUUAUGUCGUAACUGGAGAGGAAGCUCAGGUUUUUACAUCCAAAACAUUGUUUAGGAAAAGUGGUCCGAAUUUUUUGGAGUUUCAAAACUAUACAUAUUACUUUAAUGUCGAAUUUGAGAUUAAUUUUUACGGAGCUAUGCAAUAUUGUAAACUACGUAACAUGGAGUUAAUAAAUAUUGAUUCCGCAAUUGAAAAUGAUAAAAUUGGCCUACAUAUAAUAGAAAAAGGGUGGGCUCCGAAGAAAUUUUGGACUUCUGCGGUAAACAUGGUUGAAGGAGGAAAAUGGAUAUGGCUUUCUAAUGGCCAACCAAUCAAAUACUUCAAUUGGGACAGAGGAGAACCAACAGGGAUGAUUCCAUUCGUAGCGUCCUACGAGAACUGCAUACAAGCAAGACACGAAGGAACAAGAGGUUUCACAUGGAAUGAUUUAAACUGCGGGGUGAAGAAUUAUGUAAUUUGUAAAAGACCUAGUUCGUGUAGUUGUCCUAGUAUAAAAUCAUACUAAUGUACAUAUAUAUACAACUUGUCAAAUAUACGGUGAUACUUGGCAAUUUUGCCCACUUGAGUAGAGGAAAAAUAAGUGGGAACGCAUUCGGUGAAUUUUGUUGCUGUUGACUGCGCAUCGUAAAUGGAGCCUAAUAUCAAUACAGCCAAGUAUCACCGUAUAUUUGACAAACUGUAUAUUAAAAACUAAUAAACUAUAAAAAAAAUAAGAGAGUAUGUAUGAUAUGUAGUUGUUUUGACUUGAAGAUUUAUAUUAUCUGCAACACUCUAUUUUGCCUUAAUGUUAGACCUAAGUCUUCAUUCUUAGCUUACCUAUCGUGUUGUUAACCAACUUCUAUAAAAUAUUUGUAGGUAGUACGUUUGUUAAUAUAAUUUUUUCUUGGAAAGUAAUAAAUUUAAAAAAAUA